AUGAUUGCGAACAAAAUUCUGACUCUAUCAUGGAUUAUUCUUCUCUUCCUGAAAUUGACUUACGGAUAUUAUGUCGUUGUUGAAGCACAUACAGAAGAGUGCUUCUUCGAAAAGUUAACAUCUGGCACCAAGUUAUUACUGACAUUCGAAGUUGUCGAAGGUGGUUUUCUCGAUAUUGAUGUCAAAAUCACAGGACCCGAUCAGAAAGAAGUUUACCAUGGUGAACGAGAGUCUAGUGGAAAGACAACAUUUUCCGCUCAUAUGGAUGGCAAUUAUACAUUGUGUUUCAAUAAUAAAAUGUCCACUAUGACACCCAAAACGAUCAUGUUCUCGAUGGAAGUGGCUGAUAAGCCUAAGCUUGAGUUAGGGACUGAAACUGGCAGUGAUAAUGUAACAGCUCGUCACAGUAAACUCGAAGAAUUAAUCGCUGAAUUGUCAGGUACGUUAACCAACGUUAAGCACGAACAAGAAUUUAUGGAAGUUCGAGACCGAAUUCAUCGUUCUAUCAAUGAGAAUACCAAUUCUCGUGUUGUUAUGUGGUCCUGUUUUGAAGCAUUUAUUCUUUUAGCAAUGUCUUUCGGUCAAGUUUAUUAUCUCCGACGCUUUUUUGAAGUCCGAAGACUCAUCUAA